AUGGAUUGGGUAAUCCCACGUUUGCUUGUCUUUCUAGGCGCUCAAGUACUGCUGACUGGGCAGGCACGGGCCAUUGGCAGCUGUUCCAAUGACGCCGUGGUAAACUACCAACCGUUGAUGGUGUACUGCCAGGGAAUCCCAUACAACGUGGUAGGAGCAUACACGAGCUGUCUCGAUGCAUCCUACAUCACCACCACAGUUGCCGCGACAGGCAUCGUCGCCACGACUGUUACGCAGCCGGCACCGGCUAGUUCCUCGGUCGAUCCGUCUCGCUGCGUCGGAUGCGGGCUUCCCGCCCAGAUCUCCAACUUCCAGUUCUACGGAUGCGCAACCUCGCGGAAUGGGUUUCCGGCGCUCGUCAAGGUUGCCACGAGCAGGUCCAUGAGCCUCGACGCCUGUGCGGCCGCCUGCACGGGCCCCUUUAUGGCCGUAUAUGACAACGAUUGCUACUGCGGCGACAUCACCGGCUCGACUCUGGCGCAAAGGAGCGUAUGCGACUGCAACAUCUUUUGUCCGGGGAACAAGCAGCAGUGCUGCGGUGGACGAGGGACGACCAACAGCCUCCGCAAGCGCCAGGCAGCAGAUCUGGCGGGCGUCGAUAUUUCCUUGUACCAGCGCGCAGCCAUCAUCCCGAGCAGUGGCGGAGGCGACGGCACAACGACCAACGUCAUCGGAACAGGGUCCUACGCGACAAUAACCCGGCCGGUUGACGGCUCGGUCACGGCGCCAACCACAAUCACCGUUCCCCCUAGCGGCACGAACCCGGGCAGCGUCAUCGUCGUGACGCCCCUGGCCACCGGAAGCUAUGUCACCUUCAGUCAGCCGUACGACGGGUCGCUUACGGCGCCAACCACGUUGACUAUUCCUCCCAGCGGAACGCGGCCGGGAAGUGUUAUCGUUGUGACCCCCCCGGGCACAGGGGACUGGGUCACUCAAACCCAGCCGGUAGGCGGCUCGAUAACAGCUCCCACCACAAUCACCAUUCUUCCCAGCGGAACAAGACCGGGGAGCGUGGUUAUCGUGACGCCGCUGGCAGCAGUGACCAUCACUCAGCCAUUCAGCGGAUCCCUUACAGUACCUACUACAAUUACCAUUCCAGCCACGGGCACUAACCCAGCGUCCGUGGUCAUCGUAACGCCACCGGCAGCGUCCCCGGUUACGAUAGUCCAGCCAUUUAGCGGCUCUCUUACGGUUCCCACGACCAUGACGAUUGCCGCUUCCGGUACCAACCCUGCUUCGAUAGUCAUCAUAACUCCGCCAGCGACAGCCGGUCCGGUCACAAUAGUCCAGCCAUUUAGCGGCUCUCUUACAGUUCCCACAACCAUGACGAUUGCCGCUUCAGUUCCUGGCAUAGGUACCAACCCAGCCAGCGUCAUUAUCGUCACACCGCCAGCAACGGCAGCUCCGGUUACCAUAGUCCAACCAUUCAGCGGGUCGCUUACGGUUCCUACUACCAUGACAGUUCCAGCCACAGGCACCAAUCCAGCUAGCGUCAUCAUCGUUACACCGCCGGCAACAGCAGGUCUCGUUACCAUAGUCCAGCCAUUUAGCGGCUCUCUCACAGUCCCCACGACUAUUACCAUUGCCGCCACCGGCACAAACCCUGCUUCCGUGGUCAUAGUAACUCCGCCGGCGACGGCAGGUCCGGUGACAAUAAUUCAACCAUUCAGCGGGUCGCUUACGGUUCCUACUACCAUGACAGUUCCAGCCACGGGCACCAACCCAGCUAGCGUCAUCAUCAUUACACCGCCGGCAACAGCAGGUCUCGUUACCAUAGUCCAGCCAUUUAGUGGAUCGCUCACAGUUCCCACUACCAUGACGAUUCCGGCAACGGGAACUAAUCCUGCCUCUGUGGUUAUCGUCACGCCUCUUCCUGCCUCAGGGACCAACCCAGCGAGCGUGAUUAUCGUGACGCCUCCAAUAACAGCAAGUGUUGUUACCAUAGUUCAGCCAUUUAGCGGAUCGCUGACGGUCCCUACCACCAUCAGUAUUCCUGCCUCGGGUACUAACCCAGCAAGCGUAGUUGUCGUGACGCCGCUGUCUACAUUAGCUCCUGUCACUAUACUGCAACCGUUUUCUGGAUCCCUUACAGUUCCUACGACUUUCACGGUUCCUGCCACAGGCACGAAUCCUGCUUCUGUGAUAAUCGUCACACCACCGGCAACAGCAGGCGCUGUUGUUACUCUAGUUCAACCGUUCAGCGGAUCGCUUACAGUGCCGACAACUAUAACCAUCCCAGCUAGCGGCACCAACCCAGCCAGCGUGGUCAUCGUAACACCACCGGCAUCGAUAGCAGGCCCGGUUACAAUAGUCCAACCAUUCAGCGGAUCGCUUACAGUGCCGACAACUAUAACCAUUCCAGCUAGCGGCACCAACCCGGCCAGCGUGGUCAUCGUGACACCGCCAGCAUCGAUAGCUGGCCCAGUUACGAUAGUCCAACCAUUCAGCGGAUCGCUUACAGUACCGACAACUAUCAGCAUUCCUGCCACGGGUACGAACCCGGCUAGCGUGGUCAUUGUAACGCCGCCGUCAUCUACAGCACCAGCAGCACCAACAUCAGUAGUCACAAUACUCCAGCCGUUUAGCGGAUCGCUUACAGUUCCCACCACCAUUAGCAUUCCGGCGACAGGCACAAACCCGGCUAGUGUGGUCAUAGUUACACCACCAGCGUUGACGGCACUUCCAGUCACAAUAUUCCAGCCAUUCAGCGGGUCACUUACGGUCCCUACAACUAUUAGCAUUCCUGCCACGGGUACAUACCCCGCGAGCGUGGUUAUCAUCACACCACCGGCAUCCACAGCAGCCGUGGUGACCAUACUUCAACCAUUCAGCGGCUCAUUUACAGUUCCCACAACUAUUAGCGUUGCAGCUUCAGGUACAAACCCAGCCAGCGUGGUCAUCGUGACUCCGCCGGCAUCGACAGCAGCCGUGGUGACCAUACUUCAACCAUUCAGCGGCUCAUUUACAGUUCCCACAACUAUUAGCGUUGCAGCUUCAGGUACAAACCCGGCCAGCGUGGUCAUCGUGACUCCGCCGGCAUCGACAGCAGCCGUGGUGACUAUAGUGCAACCAUUCAGCGGCUCAUUUACAGUUCCUACCACCAUUAGCAUUGCAGCUUCAGGUACAAACCCAGCCAGCGUAGUCAUCGUAACGCCACCGGCGUCAGCAGCAGCCGUGGUGACCAUAUUUCAACCAUUCAGCGGCUCGCUUACAGUCCCUACCACCAUUAGCAUUCCUGCCACCGGCACGAUCCCAGCCAGCGUGGUCAUCGUAACGCCGCCGGCGUCUGCAGCAGCCGCGGUGACGGUCGUGCAACCCUUUAGUGGAUCCCUCACCAUCCCCACCACGUUUACAGUUGCCGCCACGGGCACCAACCCCGCUUCCGUGGUCAUUGUGACACCCCCCGCGACGUCCGGUCCGGGGGCUCCGGUCACCAUAGUCCAACCGUUCAGCGGGUCCCUGACCUUCCCCACAACCAUUAGCCUAUCCGCCUCGGGCACCAACCCCGCCAGCGUCGUCAUUGUAACCCCGCCGACGACGGCGGGCCCCGUCACCGUGUUCCAGCCGUUUGGCGGCUCGCUUACCGCGCCCACGACCUUUACCGUCCCGGCCACGGGCACCUACCCGGCCAGCGUGGUCAUCGUGACGCCGCCGGCAACCCCCAGCGUCAUAACCGUCACCCUGACCCAGGCCGGCACCACGAUUAUCCAGGUCAUAACCGUGACGCCGUCGGUCGCUUCCAGCUCCUCCUCCUCCUCCACCUCGUCAACCACCAGCACUUCCGCUCCCCCCUCCAGCAGCUCGGCCAAUCCAACGUGCACUCCCGGCGUUUCAUGGGCCUACUACGCCUUGGACCAGGGCAGCGCCAGUGCUCCGGGAGUGAUCCCCUCCGAUGGUCCCCCGUGGACAAACUACCCGCAGAUAUUCAACCCGAGUCUCGUGCUCCAAGGGCAAACGCCAUCUGCUCUGGGAAGGACCACGACAAUCGGUUUUUGCACCAAUACUGGUGCAAACGUCCCCAUCCCCAUCUACUAUGUGCGGGUACCCCGGACCGACUACAUUGUUACCCAAAAUGUCGGAUAUUUCCAUCCUGCCAUUACAGGGUCGUAUAAUUUCUCCUUUACGGGUUGGAUCAACGAGGCCCAAUAUCUCUGGCUCGGAAAUAAUGCCAUGUCCGGGUGGAACAGUGGAAACGCCAACCUGAUCGGUACCUGGGGACAGGUUAACCAAUCCUUUACAUUAUCGGCGACAGCUGGAGACUACAUUCCUUUCAGGCUGCUUUUCGUCAACGCGCAGACCACUUCGGCGCUAAGCUUUACCCUUACCGACCCUACCGGCGCCGUCGUUGCCUCGUACUCGGUCAACGUCAAUGUAUGCCCUACCACGUCUGUCCCAAUCACAAGCAACCAGCUUGUCACCGGGUGCUCUGGCCUUCCCGCUAUUCCCUAUGAAGACACGAGCAUCAGCCCGCCGUCGUGCUCGCCUGGUGUAACGUGGGCCUAUUAUGAUAUGUCGCGUGGCACUGCCAGUGCUCCUGGAGUGAUCCCUGAUGAUACUACACAGACGAUAGGCAAUUAUGCGCAAGCUGUGUUCAACUCGUCCCUCGUGCUCGCAGGCCAGGUACCCUCUACAACCGGCGUCACCAAGACCAUCUACAUCUGCGAUGUUUCGCCAUCGGGCGCAGCUUCCACUCUCUAUGGCAAAUCUAUACCCCGCUUCGAUUAUGCGGCUGUUCAACAUGUCGGCUAUUUCCACCCUGCAAUCACAGGGUUGUAUAAUUUCUCCUUCAACGGUUAUGUUAACGACGCCCAAUAUCUUUGGCUUGGAAAAAACGCUGUGUCCGGCUGGACCAACAACAAUGCUAACCUGGUCGCGACUUUGAUGUCGACGCAGUCUUUUACAUUCUCCGCUACCGCUGGGACCUAUAUUCCCUUCAGGCUACUCUAUGCGAACGCCCAGGCAGUCGGUGCGCUUGCUUUCACACUGACAGAUCCCAGCGGCACUGUCAUCACGAGCUCCGUCAUUGGCAGUAAUAAUGUUUGUCCCGGCGUCGUUGUUCCGAUUACGAGCAAUCAGCUUGUUACUUCCUGUGCUGGCCUGCCGCCUCUUCUCUUCAGCAGUUGA